AUGAGUUCAAAAUUCGGCCAUGUUAUUAUAACUUCGUCUUGUAUAUUUUGUCGAUCGGCGCUUUCCUACGCAUUUGUGAACAAAAAGCCAAUCGCGCCCGGUCACGUGCUAGUAGCUUCAGACCGAGAGGCGAAAAGAUUCAACGACUUGUCUCCAGAAGAAGUCUCUGAUCUGUUUAAACUUGUUCACAGAAUAUCGCCUAUAAUUCAAAAAGUUUUCAAUGCCACUGCAUUAACGAUUGCAAUUCAAGAUGGCGCGGCCGCUGGUCAAACCGUAGAGCAUGUGCACGUGCAUAUUGUUCCUCGAAUCGAAGGGGAUCCGUUGCAAGAUGACCGAAUUUACGAAGUGUUGCAAACGCAUGAAAAGAAAGAUGAUAUUAAAUGGAGAACCGACAAUGAAAUGGAAACUGAAGCAACACUGUUGAAAGAGUAUUUUGAAGAAAAUGAUGAUGAAUAUCAACAAUAA